CCGGUUAUUACAAACACAUAUCCAAAUUUCAUCCAUUCCGUUAAUAAUCAAUCAUCUUCUUCAUAAAAACUUGUAACCUGUGCAUUGCUAGUUGUACCAUGUGUGGAAUUCUAGCUUUGUUGGGUUGCUCCGAUGAUUCUCAAGCCAAAAGGUUUCGUGUCCUCGAGCUUUCUCGCAGAUUGAAGCACCGUGGGCCGGAUUGGAGUGGGUUAUAUCAGCACGGUGAUAAUUAUUUAUCGCAUCAACGUCUCGCGGUUAUCGAUCCGGCUUCGGGUGAUCAGCCUCUUUAUAAUGAGGAUGAAACGGUUGUUGUAACGGUUAAUGGUGAGAUAUAUAAUCAUAUGGAGCUCCGGGAAAAGUUGAUGGGUCACAAGUUUAAAACCGGGAGCGAUUGUGACGUUAUCGCGCAUUUAUAUGAAGAACAUGGGGAAAAUUUUGUCGAUAUGUUGGAUGGAAUGUUUUCGUUUGUGUUAUUGGACACACGCGAUAACAGUUACCUCGUUGCUCGUGAUGCUAUCGGGAUCACUUCGCUCUACAUUGGUUGGGGACUCGAUGGUUCGGUUUGGAUUUCAUCGGAACUAAAAGGUUUAAAUGAUGAUUGUGAGCAUUUUGAGGUGUUUCCGCCGGGACACUUGUACUCUAGCAAAUCAGGCGGAUUUAGGCGGUGGUACAAUCCUCCGUGGUUCUCGGAGAGUAUCCCAUCGACACCGUAUGAUCCACUUGUUCUACGACGUGCGUUUGAAAACGCGGUGAUUAAACGGCUAAUGACGGAUGUGCCCUUUGGUGUUCUCUUAUCGGGUGGGCUAGACUCGUCGUUGGUCGCAUCUGUUACGGCCCGUCACUUGGCUGGUUCGAAAGCCGCGAAGCAAUGGGGAGCUCAACUACAUUCAUUUUGUGUUGGCCUUGAGGGCUCCCCGGAUCUCAAGGCGGCUAGAGAGGUAGCCGAUUAUUUAGGAACCCUUCAUCACGAAUUCCACUUCACCGUACAGGAUGGUAUUGAUGCAAUAGAAGAUGUGAUAUACCAUAUCGAGACAUACGAUGUGACAACGAUCCGGGCUAGCACGCCUAUGUUUCUCAUGUCCCGAAAGAUCAAAUCUCUCGGCGUGAAAAUGGUCAUCUCCGGUGAAGGCUCGGACGAGAUAUUUGGCGGGUACUUAUACUUUCACAAGGCACCCAACAAGGAAGAGUUCCAUCAAGAAACCUGUCGAAAGAUCAAAGCCCUUCAUCAAUACGAUUGCUUGCGAGCCAAUAAGUCGACAUCCGCUUGGGGUUUGGAAGCCCGAGUCCCCUUUUUGGAUAAAGAGUUCAUCAAUGUGGCCAUGAGCAUCGACCCUGAAGCGAAAAUGAUCAAUAUGGAUCAAAAACGGAUCGAGAAAUGGAUCCUUAGACGGGCUUUUGAUGAUGAAGAAAAACCGUAUCUGCCUAAGCAUAUUUUGUAUAGACAGAAAGAACAGUUUAGCGAUGGAGUCGGAUAUAGCUGGAUUGAUGGACUCAAAUCUCAUGCCGAACAACACGUAACCAACAAAAUGAUGCUUAAUGCCGAGCGUAUUUUCCCUCACAACACACCUGUCACGAAAGAAGCUUACUAUUACCGAAUGAUAUUCGAGCGGUUUUUCCCUCAGAAUUCGGCUAAGUUGACUGUCCCGGGUGGAGCAAGCGUGGCUUGCAGCACUGCAAAAGCAAUCGAGUGGGACGCUUCUUGGUCAAACAACCUUGACCCGUCGGGAAGGGCUGCACUCGGGGUCCAUAAUGCUGCAUACAAGAAGAACUCGGGUUCGAUUAGUUCGGCAAACUUAGCACCAAGCAUCGCUGACAACGUGCCACGGAUGAUGGAUAUUACGGGUCCUGAACUCGUGAUUCGGAGUUAACGGUUUAUGGUUGAAUAAAAUAGACGAGUCGCAACGUGUUUUUAUGAUGUGUUGGUUGCUAGCUCGUUAGUAACUCGAUGUAUAGCUUGGUUUCUUGGAAAAUGUUGUUAUUCCAGUAGUUCGUCAUGUGCAUAAAUAAUCGGCAAAUAAAUAAAAUUAUGAAGGAACGUUAUAUAUUUUCA